GUUGUGUGUGUGUGUGUGUAAAUGUGGGAGGGAGAGGGAGCAAGUCUCAUUCCUUUUGCUGGACUCCUUCCUUUAAAGCCAUGCGCGCGCACACCAGCACAAGCAGCACAAGCACACUUGCCCACCUUCUUCUCCGCUUCACACCCCGCCGGCCGGCCGCUUGCUAGCGAACCCCGCCGCCCGGCCGACCUCAUCUCAUCGAGCGCAGCAAUGGCCAUCACACCGCGUCCUCCCCAAUGAUUGGUCCACUCCGAUCGCCAUUGCCGCCGCCAGCAGCUUAAUCCGAUCCGGUUCAUUAGUUUGCUUCAGUUUAUAGUUUUGUUUUAGCUCGCAGCUGCACACAGUACAACAAUGACCAACAACAACGGCAAUGGCACGAACGCGGCGGCGAGCAGCUGGCUAGGCUUCUCGCUGUCGCCUCACAUGGCCUCCGCCAUGGACGAGCACCACCACGUUCAGCAGCAACAGCAGCACCACCACCACCAUAGCCUCUUCUUCCCUUCCGUCACUGCGGCGGCCGCCGCCGCCUACGGCCUCGGUGGCAGCGACGGCGGCGUGGCCACCAGCGCGUCGCCGUACUACACGCCGCAGCUGGCGUCCAUGCCGCUCAAGUCCGACGGCUCCCUCUGCAUCAUGGAGGCGCUCCGGAGGAGCGAUCAACCAGAUCACCAUGGGCCCAAGCUCGAGGACUUCCUGGGCGCGGCGGCGGCGCAGUCGCAGGCCAUGGCGCUGAGCCUGCAGGACAACCCCGCGGCGGCCGCCUCCAGCUUCUACUACUACGGCAACGGCGGGGGCGGCGGUUCGGGGCACCAGCACCACGGCGGGUUCCUGCAGCCGUGCGCCGACCUGUACGGCGGGCCCUCGGAGGCGUCCCUGGUGGCGGACGACGACGAGGCUGCGGCCGCCGCGACGGCCAUGGCGAGCUGGGUGGCGGCGCGCGCCGGCGAGAGCGGCGGCGUGCUGUCCGCUGCUGCUGCCGCGGCCGGGCACCAGCACCACCACCACGCGCUGGCCCUGUCCAUGAGCUCCGGGUCGCUGUCGAGCUGCGUGACCGCGCACCCCGGCGCCGCCGCCGCCGACUAUGGCGUGGUGGCGGCCACCGCGUCGGCGUCGCUGGAUGGCGGGCGCAAGCGCGGCGGCGCGGCGGGGCAGAAGCAGCCCGUGCACCACCGCAAGUCCAUCGACACGUUCGGGCAGAGGACGUCGCAGUACCGCGGCGUCACCAGGCAUAGGUGGACAGGGAGGUAUGAGGCACACCUGUGGGACAACAGCUGCAAGAAGGAAGGCCAGACUAGGAAGGGCAGGCAAGUUUAUCUCGGCGGGUACGACAUGGAGGAGAAGGCGGCGAGAGCUUACGACCUUGCGGCGCUCAAGUACUGGGGCCCUUCCACGCACAUCAACUUCCCGCUGGAGGACUACCAGGAGGAGCUGGAGGAGAUGAAGAACAUGACACGGCAGGAGUACGUGGCUCACCUCAGGAGGAAGAGCAGCGGCUUCUCACGGGGCGCGUCGAUGUACCGAGGAGUCACAAGGCACCACCAGCACGGGCGUUGGCAGGCGCGCAUCGGCCGCGUCUCCGGCAACAAGGACCUCUACCUCGGCACCUUCAGCACGCAGGAGGAGGCGGCGGAGGCGUACGACAUCGCGGCGAUCAAGUUCCGGGGGCUCAACGCCGUCACCAACUUCGACAUCACGCGCUACGACGUCGACAAGAUCAUGGCCAGCAACACGCUGCUGCCGGGCGACCUCGCGCGCCGCAGGAAGGACGACGACCCGGCUGCCGUCAUCGCCGGCGCCGACGCCAGCAACGGCGGCGGCGUCACGACCGCGGCGGCGGCGGCCGCCCUGGUGCAGCAGGCUGCUGCUGCCGCUGCCGCUGGCGCCGGUGGCAACCACAGCGCCAGCUCCAGCGAGACGUGGAUCAAGGUGGCCGCGGCGGCUGCGCUGCAGGCCGCUGGUGCCGCGCCGAGGGAUGGAAACCACCACCACCACCACCACGACGUGCUCUCCGGCGAGGCCUUCUCCGUGCUGCACGACCUGGUGGUCACCGCCGCGGAUGGCGGCAACGGCAACGGCAACGGCGGACACCACCACCACCACGUCCACAACAGCGCAGCCACCGCGCAGCACAUGUCCAUGUCCAGCGCGUCGUCGCUCGUCACCAGCCUCGGCAACUCCCGGGAGGGCAGCCCCGACCGCGGCGGCGGCCUGUCCAUGCUCUUCUCCAAGCCGCCGGCUCCAGCACCAGCAGCCUCGGCGCACGCCGCCAACAAGCCGAUGAGCCCGCUCAUGCCGCUUGGCUCCUGGGCGUCCACGGCGGCGGCGUCCGCCAGGGCCGCCGCCGCCGCCGUCUCCAUCGCGCACAUGCCCGUCUUCGCCGCCUGGACCGACGCCUGAUCUCGUAUCGAUCCAUGAGACGACAUGGCCGCUGGCCGGCCGAUUCCACCACGCACGCACGCGCCGCCUCUCCGGCCGAUCGACGGCCAGCCACCACGUACCCGGCCGGUCGUUCUAGCUCGCGGCGCGCUCUCGACCGGCCAGUUGCGUUGGACUUCUUCGGAUCAGUUAGUUAAUUUAAUUAGGGUUCUUGGAAGGUAGUAGCGAGUUCAUUAGGUAGUAAUAGCCAUGGGAGAUUGGUUAGUGAAGAAGCUAGUAGCUAGGCGAUAUGAUGGAAGUGCGGGAGUGCACAGCGCGGCCUCUGCUGUUUUCCUUCUUCUCCGGCUCCGUCGUGUCGUGUGGGCGGCGACGUGGCCGGAGAAGGAGGGGUUUUGUAAAAUGGAGGCCGGAGAUGAUGUGCGUCUCCUCCAAAAUAUAUCCAGAACUAAUCCACUACUAAUGUUAAAGUUA